ACGGUCAGGAUUGUCUGUUGUUCCCCUGCAACAUUAACAAAGAAAUGAGGUCGCUCAAAAUUGUGAAGAAGCGCAGAGGGAGAGAGAAACAGUGAGGCGAAACAAUGGAGGACGAGAAAGAAGAUAAUCCACCAUCUUCAUUAUCAUCUAAGCCGUCUCUAAGGUGGGGAAUUCUUCGAAAGGCAUUUCUCUCUGGAAAUAAUUCUUCACACACAGAUAGUACAACAACAUCUGAAAUGGGAGAAAAGCUUAAGCUUAUAUCUAGGAAGACAGGACAGGGUUUUAACUUGAUCAAAUCUCAAAUCAUUAACAACAACAAGAUAACAUCAACACUAGAAGAACCACACUUGGAUGAUAAAUCCAACGACAUUUAUGUCUCAUAUACAUUACCAUUGGAUACAGCUCCAACGCUUAUUAUGAGCCAAAGAGUUGAGAACAAUGUCAGCCUCAACGAUUUUGAGAUAUGUAACAAAUAUAACAUUGACAAUACCGGACUUGUUUGUAAUUGGCCAUCAGAAGAUGUUCUUGCGUACUUUUGCUUGAGUCAUGCAGAUAAAUUCAGAUCCAAAAGAAUAAUCGAGCUUGGAGCUGGCUAUGGAUUGGCUGGGUUAGUCAUUGCGGCCGCUACCGAUGCAUCAGAGGUUGUAAUAUCUGAUGGGAAUCCUCAAGUAGUCAAUUAUAUUCAGCGCAAUAUAAAUGCCAACUCUGCAGCAUUUGCUGAUACAAAAGUGAAGUCUAUGAUAUUGCACUGGAAUCAGGAGCAAGUUCCAGAAGUCCUGGACACCUUUGAUAUCAUCGUGGCCAGUGACUGCACCUUCUUCAAAGAGUUCCAUGAAGGCCUAGCCAAAACAGUCAGGGCCUUGCUAAGAUCAUCAAAGGAUUCUGAAGCAAUAUUUUUGAGCCCCAAAAGAGGGAAUUCGUUGGACAAGUUUCUAGAGAAAGUCAAUGAGAUUGGGAUGCAUUACAGCAUAACUGAAAACUACGACAAUGAAGUUUGGCAGCAUCAUCAAAAAUUUCUUCAUGGCGAUGACUCCUGGCCCAACUACGAAAAGGAUCACUCCUACCCAGUGCUGGUAAGGAUAACAUUCUAGACUAAACUGGUCCACUUUUAUAUAUAUCAGAAACAUUUUCCUUGCUCAAGUCAAAGUUGAGUCUGAUAUCCAGGUUGUUUUAUCACUUGGAGUUCACCAAUGCUUCAGGCCUGGGCCCUUUACGUUUUCAGGGAUACAUCGCCGUAGAAUUUACUUUAAGCACUGAUUUAUCAUCUUUGCCUAGUGGCUGGUGGGUCCUUGAAAAAACUUGCCCCCACUUUGCUCACCACUACAUGAAUUCAAUGGUUUCUUAUCCAUGUAAAGCCAUUUAGCAAUUUAAGGUUCAUCAAAUUAGAAGAAAGAAGUAUUUUAGUAACUGUCUUUGACUGAUCUUAUUCAUAUUGGUUAUGCCUUUUUUUUAUCACUUAAAGAAUCGUUUUGACACAG